CCAUCUUAUUCGUCCAUCUUCUCAGAAGUUCCAGUUCCUCUGAUCAUCCUACCCCACGGGGGAUAUGAGUGGAGGUCUUGCCCCAAGCAAGAGUACGGUUUACAUCAGCAACCUGCCUUUCUCUCUGACGAACAAUGAUUUGCACCAGAUACUAAAUCCGUAUGGGCGAGUAGUGAGGGUGACUAUAGUGAAAGACCGUGAGAGCAGAAAAAGCAAGGGCAUUGCGUUUGCAUUAUUCCUAGAUCGGAACGAUGCCCGCCAAUGUGCCUCCCAGCUCAACAACACAAAGCUCUUUGGUCGGACCCUGAAAGCUUCCAUCGCAAAAGAUAAUGGAAGAGCAGCGGAGUUUAUCAGGCGCCGUGAAUACCCCAACAAAUCCCGAUGUUAUGAAUGUGGAGAAUUCGGUCACCUCAGUUACAAGUGUUCUAAAAAUGCGCUUGGAGAGCGGGUUCCGCCGCUGAAGAAAAGAAAAGACAGAAAAAAAUCCGAAUGUCCGGUGUGGGAACGGAACCUUAUCAGGGUACCAAUUCUGCUGACGGUGAUGUUGAUGAAGAGGAAGAGGGCGAGGAACCUGGACUGGAUAGCUGGAGCGCCGCUGUAAACUAUCAGACGAACCUUCUUAGUCAGUCAAGCUCGACGUCUUCCGUGCUUGAACCAAAUAGGAAACGACGCAUUCGUCCAGACACUUAUUUCUCAGAUGAAGAAGAGUUGGAUGAAGAUGUGUGA